GUUGGGUUGAGUUUCUGGGUGGUUGCUUUGUGCUAAGGUGCAAAGAUGGGGUGCUUUACAUUUAUCAAGGUCAUGAUGGUCCUCUUCAACCUGACCAUAUUUCUUGGUGGUGCAGCCCUCCUGGGGGUUGGAAUCUGGGUCACGGUGGAUGGAAAGUCCUUCUUUGAUGUAUUUGGGGCGCUUUCUACUAGCGUCCUGCAGGUUGUGAACGUGAGCUACUUCCUCAUUGUCAUCGGUGCCAUCCUGCUGGUGAUUGGCUUCCUGGGGUGCUAUGGAGCCCAGAAAGAGAGCAAGUGUCUCCUGAUGAUUUUCUUCACGGUGGUGCUGAUCAUCUUCAUUGCUGAAGUUGCUGCAGCUGUGGUGACUCUUGUCUACACAGGCAUUGCAGAGACGCUGCUGACAGCCACUGUGACUCCCCUGCUGAAGAGGAAGUUUGGGGAGGAGCCAAGCCUUACACAGAUAUGGAAUGUCACCAUGACAGAGCUGCAUUGCUGUGGCCUGAAUAACUACACAGACCUCACGGGCUCCCCUUGGCUUGAGAAAUACAAAACUUAUCCUGUGCCCUGCUGUGCUGGGCAACAACCAUGCACUGAAGGCACUGCUGAACUAAGGAAUGUCUCGGGCUGUUUUGAGCAGAUCCUGACUGGGAUCAAGAAGAAUGCAGGUGUGGUGGGUGGUGUGGCAGCUGGCAUUGCCGCCUUAGAGAUCGCAUCGAUGACGGUUGCCAUGUACCUGUACUGCCGCCUGGACGAGAAGUGACCCCACGAGGGAGACCUGCCUGCUGGGAUGUGCCAGCAGCAUGUGGUGCUCUCUGGGGGGCCCGACAGCUCCUGGGGCUUGCUGCUGUCCUGCACACUGUGAUUUAUAGCUGUGUUUUGAUCUACUGAGCUGGGAUCUGUAGAGUUCAUAUGUAUAUUUUUGUACUGAUAUGGCACAAUGAGCUUCUUUGUUUGUUUGUUUUUGAAGUGGAUUAAGUAGCUUCAUGGGUUUGGCUGAUGUCAGUGGGAGAUAACAUGGCAGAGGUAAAGAUCAGGGCUGCUGAUGGCACUGAUGCUCAGUGAUUCCCAGUGUGCAGGUCCUCUCCCACAGCCCUGUUCCCCCAGCCCCAGGGGCAGGGACCUGCUGGUGCUGGACUGCUGGACCAUGAUCCUGAGCCCUGCAACAAGCCCUGCUGCUGGAGCCAGUCCUGAUGCUGGUCAGCUGUAGGUGAUAAUGUGCCCUCAACCAGGGCUGGCAUGACCCCAUGUCACCACAUGGUCCCCUGAAAGGGGCUGGGGCUGGUACCUGCUCCCUGCCCUGGCAUGAUGUACAAGCCUGCAGGUCCCUGCUCCCACAGACUGUGAUGUGGCCCAGACAGCCCUGUACUGCACUGUGAUUUCAUGGCAGAAACCCUCUGGCCCUGGUAGACCACUUCCAUACUGUAAAGAGGAGGGGGGGGAAUCGUUCAUCUUGAAUAUAAAUUAUUUUCUGGAGCUGAUUUCUUGU